AUGCACACAGCUAAGUGGCCAACCCUCAGCCUAAAGACACAGUUGGUGUUGGAUGCAAUAAAAGCGUCCAUUGACGGAGGUUUGGUGGCUGUUGAGGCUAAGGUUUCACAACCUGAGGUUUUAAGGCGUGUUUGGGAAUACGUGAUGGUCAAUCAACUUGAGGUUUUUCUCUUUGUUUCCAUUAAGAAUGCUCUUUCAGAUCCACUGAAUGCGAUGGUGAUAGUAUGUGAUGCAAAGCUUCAAGAGCUUUUUGGAUGUGAAAGCAUUUCUGCAUUAGGAAUACCUGAGAUGUUGGCUCGCCACCAUCUAUAUAGGAGAUCAUGA